GGCGGUUUCUCUUUGCUUUCGUUCCACGAUUUGUGGAAAAGUAUGUCGGCUUCCAUGGCGUCCUCGCCCGGCCGGGAGUCGGACCUGCUGAACUGCCAUUUCUCCGUGAACCAGCAGGCGCUGAUCAGCGCAAUCAAGCCCAUCAUGUCGGAGUUGGCCCAGGAGUGGGGCUAUGAGCCCCGGCUGGCGGCGCUGGAGAAGUCGCUUGGACUGCUGCAGAAGGAGCUGGCGCUGAAGGCGGAGGCGGCAGGCCUGCAGGGCAUGCGCAAGGAGCUCGAAGAGCAGCGCCAGCAAAUCCAGCAGAAAGCGAGCCAGGCGGCACUGGCAACUGCCCAGGCGCAGCUUCGGAGCCUCGAGGCCACCUUGGCCUGGAAGGCGGACCAGUCCGUGCUGGAGGAGCACCUGCGCAGCAUCGAGGUGGCCACCAAGCUGGCGGACUCCAAGGCUGACCAGAGCGGCCUGAACCGCGCGCUGGCUGUGAUGCAGAAGGUCCAGAACCAGGCCGCGCAGCUGGAGAAGUCGGCGCAGGACUUGCAGGGCAGAAUGCAGAAGCUGGAGAUGCACAACCUCCCGGGCCAUGUGCAGCGAAUGUCGGAGCAGGUUGGAAAGAGCCGCAACCAGCUUUUGAAGUUCCAGGAGCAGCUCAGCAGCAAGGUGGAUGCCCGCGAUGUGGAGGCCUUAUCCAACUUGACGAAGGAGCUGCAGACCACCGUGGCGCUGAAGGUUGGCCCGCAGUCGCUGCAAGAGGUGCGCAGCGGCUUGAGAGACCUGCAGUUGAGGCUUGACCUCAAGGUGGAUACGCCGGUGCUUGAGGAGCUGAGGUCUGGGCUCAACAAGGUUCAGUCCCAGCUCACGCAAAAGGCGGAUGCUCAGGAGCUUCGGGAAGCGACGUCCAACAUGCAGAGCCUCAGGGCAAACAUGGAUGGCAAGGUCGACUUUGCGCUGCUCAGCGAGCUGCGGCUGAAGCUGCAGAGCAUAGAGUCCACCAUGGACAAGAAGACGGACUGCAAGGACAUUCCAGACUUGUCCUGGCUGAAGGAUUGUCUCGCGCAGAAGGCAGAGAAGCGCCAGGCCGCGGAGCUGAGCUCGGCGCUGGAGCGGCUGCAGCAGGAGCUCCACUUCAGCUUGGAGAACGAGCGCGUGACCUUCAAACGAGACCUCGAGGCCCGUGUGGCGAAGAUGGGCCAGUUCGAGCGGGACUUGCAGCAUGUCAUGACAUGCGUCGAGGGCAUGACGGUGAAAGUGGAUUCUAUGCCGGCUUCGCCUCGCCUGGACAUUGCUUCGCCCAGAGGCUCAUCGCCAUGCCCGUCGCCGUCGCGGGAGGUCAACAGGACGGAUCACUUGGAGGACGGUCUUCGCCAGGUGGCGCAGGCCUUGGAGAGCAAGGUGGACCGAGAAGAGCUGGAGGACCAGCUUGCGCUGGCCGCGUCAUUUGCUGAACAACAGCAGGCGAUGUCGCGGAAGUUGACGGAGCUGGAGGGCCAGGUGCAAAGCGCCAGCAGCGCUUUGCUCCAGAAAGCCGACCGCAGCGAGAUUGAGGAGCUGCUCUCAGCCGCCGCGGAAGCUGCGGCGGAAGGGAUUUCCGGGUCCAUUCAGGAUACAUCCUUGCCUGGCGCAGGACUGGAGGGAGCACCCUUGCCUUCUGCCCAGCACUCGGAGGUCGGGCCCCCGGCCAAGUUGGAGUGCUCUGACACGGCGAUCCCAGAGCUUGACCAGAACCAGGGUGGGCUGAGCCUCUACGAUGCACCCGCGCAGAGCGAAAGGGUGAUGGCGCAAAGCACGCCCUCAGAAGGCAGCCUGACCACGCCGCGCAUGAAGGGCUCAGCCUCCGCACCCUCCUCGCAGCUCACCUCCAGCAUCGCCAGCUCCCUGAACCGGGCGCGCUCGGGCAACCUGGGACGAGGAUACCAGUCUGCGACUUUGACAGGCUUGCCACCUUAUCCCGCCAAAGGCCCUCGGGUGUCAAAGACCGGAUGGCGGUGACCAUGCCAUGCCAAGCCUAAGAAGCCCGAAGAGGGACCUGUCGAGUCCACAGAAGUCGGCCAUGCGCAC